CGCAAGCAUCGGAAUUCAUGCAACAUGGCGAGCCACGGAGUGUCGAAAUCUGUCCGCGAUAAGACGGAGCAGCAGAAGGAGGCUGAAAGAGAAAAGAUUCAAAAGUACAGGUCGCUCGAGGAUGAGUUUCGCCAACUGACAUCCCAGGGUGAGUUUGAUGAUAGCAUCUUUCAACUCACCACCAAGCUUCUCCGCAUCAACCCAGAAUACUACACUGUGUGGAAUGCCCGUCGCCGAUGUUUAUUGUCGGGGAAAUCCUCCAAAUUUUUAUCCAGUCCAAAGCCCACGUCAGAAACAAUAGAAUCAAAAGACAGUUCUGCCACCAACGCAGAUCAACAAGGUGCUACCGCUAUGACGAUAGACACGGUCAAGUCUGAACUCAUGUUCACCGUUCCGCUGCUUAUGGAACAUCCGAAAUGCUACUGGAUUUGGAACUAUCGUAUGUGGAUGCUGGACCAAGCCACAAAUCUCCUGCCUACAUCAAUAUCCAAGACAGUUUGGGUAGAGGAGCUCGCUCUGAUUAGCAAGAUGCUUAGCCGUGACGAGCGAAACUACCAUGCAUGGGCAUACCGCCGCUUCGUCGUCUCUCAACUUGAGCUACCGCUCUUUGGCGGCGAAAGUAUGGCAGAGAGCGAAUUUGAAUAUACGACAAAACGGUUGCAGUCCAACUUUUCCAACUUUUCGGCUUGGCAUAACCGCAGCGAGCUGAUUCCCAAGUUGGUGAAGCUGCGCAGCCUCGACACGACAGCACGAAAGGAAUUCCUCGACGCCGAGUUUGAAUACAUCAAUGGCGCCAUCAACCUCUCACCAGAAGAUCAAUCAUUAUGGUACUAUCACCAAUUCCUCGUCGCCAACAUCACAACCACCGACACAGCCACCUCCAUUGUGCCUGACCUGUCGACGGCGGACCGUGUCGCAGACAUUCAACGCGAAAUCGAAGGCAUCAAGGAUCUUUUGGAAGACUACACCGACGUCAACUGGAUAUACGUCUCUCUUCUCGAAUACUCCCUCGCCAUCUGUCGCCUCGAAAAGCAAUCACCCAAAGAAAACCUCACAGAACUUCCUCAGUGGCUCGGUAAGAUUAAAGAACUCGAUCACCUACAAGCCGGACGAUGGAACGAACUAGCAGCAGAGCUUCAAAUUUCAUAAAAACAAAUAAAUAAAACAUAGCAAGUUUCACACUAAAAGUAUCUACAUGAAGAGAAAAGAUUACCUCUUUCGCACUGUAUCCCCUUACUGGCAGCUUGCCUUGACGUCGUUGCCCGUCUUUCCAACAAGAUCAUCAAAGUACUUGAGCAGGGUCUGGACAGGAACCAGCUCCAUGACGCCGAGGUCCGGAUGGGACGACUUGAGGACCUUGCCGCCAAACAAGACACGCACGUAAUACUUUUCCAAGACGGCUACUUCCGUAGGCACAGGGUCAGCGGUUUGUGUACCAGUCGGGAUCUCCAAGCACGAACAUCCAGAAGCAACUCGAGCGGCGCUAUGACACUCUGGAGGUGGGAAUGAAGGUAGAGCAAUUUCAGCAGACGUGGUGGUGAAGAGCUGUUGGCAGAGCGAUGUUGCAGUCUUGGUCGCACGCAGGAACCAGCGCAGGCAGUUGUCACGGUUGCACUUUUCCACAAGAGGCUUCUUCUUGUACAGUUCAAAGACAACCUCGGAGCCCAUGCCAGGCCAGACCAUGGUGUCAAUCUGCAGGAUGGACAGCAGGCGAGAAACCGAGCCGUCGUGGGCAACGUUGUGAAAGUACACAAUAUCACGCUUGCCGGCAAUUACGUCUCGGAAAUGGCUCGACAGCUCCUUGAUCCAAACGCCCAGCGACGCCGCGCUCGCAGCCAGCGACUCUGGGCUGUCUCUGUAAAUGUGGCUGUACUCCCAGUGUCCGAGACGGUAAACGGCAUCAGCCAUCUCCUGGGUGACGCAGGUGGUGCUGUUCUUGCCAUCAACAAGCUUGCAAGGCAGAGGCUUGUUAUGGCACUGUCUUGCCGACAAGUUAUCAUAGUAGUGGUCAAUCGAGGCGUGGAAGCCGCCGUCAUUGGGCGGCACACCAGAAAUGUCAUCGAGCGUGCUGUAAAGUGGUGCAGCUUUGCUAAGGUGGUCCUUCCAGGCGGCGUUGUCGUUUGACUUGAUGCUGUUAAACGCUCGGCUCGCGCUGUUGCAGCUGUACUGAGGCUCCAAGCUGUCGAUGCCAUCGGCCUGCACCAUCAGCGGCACGGAGUGCUUCGUCUUGUACAUGGCUCCAGCAACCAUACCAGCGACCUGGCUAGUAAUAGGAUUGUUUGUGACACGGUAUCUGACUUCUUCCGCAACGUACCAGUCUCUGCCCGGGAUGAAGUGCAGCAAGUCGGCAUACACUUCGUACAAAUCGAGACCAUGCUGGUACGAGUCGUCGAGUCCGCCCAGCGUGAUCUGGGGAAACUUGCAGGUACCGAUCCAGCCGGAUGGAACAAACGGGUUAAUCGGCGAGAUGUAGCCCUCUGCAAAUCCCUUUGCGGCCUGGUGGCCCUCUGGCGACUGGCCAUAGUUGUACAGACGCUGGUCGUCGCAGUUCCAGUGAUAUGACUCUACUGGGAAAGCAUUGGAUGCAUACGGCGUGCGCUUAUGGUGGCGAUGCAUCUACUAAAGGAUUAGCCCAAAUUAACUCUCUCAAAGCACCACACUUUAUCCAAUAUCACUCACCAAUUCCACAUACUGCAGCUCAUAGUCGCUGUUCACCUUGACGUACUCCUUCUUGCGCACAUGCGGCAUGUUGCACCAGUUGUAAGUGCCAUACCUGUUGUCGGGCGUAGUGGACGAGUUGUAGAUGAAGCCAUAGGCACCGGAUCCGUUAAUCACCUUGUCCAGAUUGUUAAUAUUGCUACUUGCAGGCGCAUACCACUGCACACCAGCAGCAGAAGCAACAGGAGCAGUUAGUGCAGCGAGGACCACGGCAAAGGUAGCCCCCGCGCUCAAGGGACGGGACUGCUGAGCCAUUGCGAACAAGAACAAGACGACUACUUCAAUAUUCGAAAAAUAUUGAAAAUCAAAAACGAAAUCCGCAAGUGAAGUCCGUAGCCUUGCAGUUUAUAUUUAUUCAACCCCCCAACAGGUUGCGGGACAAGCGUUGGAGCUAACGCAGGUUGACGUAGGCACGUGGUGUCCAGAUCGCCUGCGACUCGUUGUUUUGGUGCAAGUUAGCGGCUCUCUCCCCCUUCGCAACGACAGCGAUAUCCACAACCACUAUAGAAAGUGGCUUGUAAAAGGAAAUUGGCAGAUAACGAAGUUAUACAAAAGUAUAUACUCUGCCGUGCUGAGGUGUAAUACCCGACGGAAGAGAGGGCGCUAUGGUUAGCUCACGGCAAUGUUAACCAUGUACUUGCCGUUCCGUUCGUCGGAUGUCUGUCUGUACGUGGGGGCUGGUUGAGUUGAGAUGGAUGGGUGCAUACAGGCCGCCGUCAUAUAAAUAUUCCACCUGCAUAGAGUUUUGGUUACAGAGAGGACACAAAUACUUGGUACAAAUGCCGCUUUACUAGUUGCAAUGCGAAUCUGGCACGUGUCCAUUUAGAGGACAAACUUUAUACAGCGAGCUGGCGAAUAAGCAAUCCUACUGUCCAGUGUAAGCUUUUGCACAAGACAACAAAAAAGGGUGAAUAUUGGUACGAUGCGCUAUUACUACUGCAUACUAUACAAAUGUCCAUGUGGGACGGUCCCUCCCAGUAGGGUAAGCAAAUGGGUAUAUAAAAUCAAAAACACCCUAAAGCACUAAAACAAAAGGCAAUUCGUAGGGUUUACACACGUCCUCUUGGCCACCUACGAGGCCUUCCUCUACCACGCCCACUACCACGCCCGCUAUCGGUUCGAACCGGAGGUGUAGUACUAAUAGAAGGCAUAGCUGCCGGAAUAUCAUCGUUGUCGUCGCUAGAAUCUCCAUCGCUGUUGUCAAAGGGGACAAUAGCAAAUGCAGGUAGCUUUUUGAACGGGACAACGUCGGCAGCAGGCAGGGAAAGGGGAAGGCAUCUCGCCUUCAAGCGGCGUGUCAGCUGCUGCGCUAGGCUGUAUCUUCUUUGUAACCGUUGGAGUUGCUCCUCGUCCUCGUCCUCAUGUUCCAAUACGGAAUGAGCGUCCUCGAAGAGCCAUCCGCUCUGCCAUGGACAUGAACUGUGAUGCCUUUUUAGCCUCGGGAUUGCUUUCAACUGGGGUCCUCGCGGUAGCUCCACGUCCUCGUGGCGGCCGGCCUCUAGCUCUACCAUGAAACGGCGGUGUUCGUGUAGGCUUUGGAUCCUCAGUAGGAGGGUCCUCAGCAGGAGGGGCUUCCUCCUUUCUCGGCUGUUUCGGUGGUCUUCCGCGACCGCGUUUAGCUGAUUGAACGGGAGACGCUGGUUCAGCAGUCUCGGGUGUAGGUGGUCGCUGUUCCUCUUUUGACACCGAGGUAUCCUCAUCCUCUUUCGGUUGUUUGGGUGGUCUCCCGCGGCGCUUAGCCGACCGUACAAGAGAUUUCGGUGUCUUCUUUGCUGAGGCGACAGGCCCAGACUUGGUUUGCUUCUUAGUUGGUGUCUUGGGUGUCUUGGGUGUAGCAAUGGUAGCACUCUCGAUUGAAGGAACAAGAUCUGUCUCUGGCAGUGGUUCAGGGCGCACCUUCGGUUGUACACGCUCCUCAACAACCUCAACCUCCAUCUCCUCUACGAUAUAUGAGCGAGUUGGCUUGGUGUGACGCAACACCGGUUGAUGUGCUUCAGAGUCGGGUUGUGCUUCUGCUGUUUCGGGGGCUGCAGUGGCCGUCGGAGCUGCUUCAGCGGCCGGUUCUCCCGGCUGCAGUGUCUCAUCAAAGAGGGCUGGAUCCAUGCUGGCCAAAAAGUCAGCUGCUGGCAUGGUCUGUGUUUUAGGCUUCUUGUAAUGGCUUCUCGGCCCGAUGUAUUCAGGAUCGUCGUUAAGUCGCUUUGCGCGUCUUCUAGCGGCUUGGAUCGACUUGCGGAAGUGUUCAGACAUUUCUGGCUCAUCAAUCUUGAGAUCAUGCGAUGAUGGCAUUUGGUAUGGGUCGAACAGGAUUCUGUCCAGUGCAUCGUCUACGUCGUAAUAUCCCAGUCCAAUGCGCUGUGCAAAGAGUGCCGGGUCUGGAUAGUUGUUAAACUCAACUAUAGUGACAUCGGCACUGUCAUUUAUAGGAAUAGGCUCGCCAUUGGCUUCAGGUGCGGUAGGUUCCCAUGUCGGGGGUGGUGGAGGUGCGCUGUCCGCAUUCGCAAUAUCGUGAUCAACCUGUUCCAUCUCUUCAGCGUUGCUGGCUUUGGCAUUGCUCGCAGCUUCUUGAAGCCUCUUCAUUCGCUUGCUGUCUCUGCUGCGGCUCUCUUCUCCGGCUGCCUUCAGCCAAGUUAGGUUGUGAAUGCGGAAAUCAAUCAACGCUUCAACGCUUCUGUCAUCGGCAACCCUUCGAGUAUCGUGACCAAGCAAAGUAUUCUUCGGUGUAUAUGGAUUUUUAGUGUUUCCUGAUCGACGGCAACCACCACAAUUACAAAUGCCUCGGCAUCGAGGGCACUGCCAGUGUUCGUCUUGCAUCACUUGCUGCGGCAUCAUGUCGAAUGCGCGGUAGAGGACACCAUAACAGUAUGCCUCUUCGCACCUUGCUGUCGUACACUUGUGAACCUUGUAGCUGUAGUCUUUGUGGCAACAGACAUGACAACGCUGCACCGGGCCCUCUUUCUUGUGGCGCGUUGACUUGCGCUUCUUCCCGUUAUCAUCUGAAUCAGAGAGCAGAACAAUUUGGCUUUCUGCAUGAAUAUCCUUGAAAGGGCGUCGCUUCAAAGAUUCUUGGCAUAUUUGGGCCAAUGACUUUCGACCAAACCGUUGGCGAGCCACUUCAACAGGGGCAGGAGAUUCGUUGAUAUCAAUGAAGCCGUCAUUCUUGAUGACAAUUGCUCGCCAUUCCUCAUAGCUGUCAAUAAGCUCUGGCCACGACCAUUGCUCACACCACGAUAAAUCCGACAUGCAGGCGCACGAGCGGCCCAUGACAUAACACUCCAUACAAAUAUCAUAUGUAUCUUCCACGCCAUUAACCAAGUGACGCACACAAUGCUUGCAUGUUAAGAACCGAUUGAAAAUGUUGGAUCUGCAGUAUGAGCAAGUAAUGCAGGAGUCAAACGGAAGAAAUUCGACAUUCAUCUCUUUGGUGGCAAAUGUUUCGUCCAUGAGAAUUUCUGUAAACAACAUAAACAGCCGGCGAAAGUCUUUGACAAGCUGCUGAGAAUGAGAGCUGCGCUUGCUAACGUAUUGUCUGCCGCCGCGCGAUGACAACUCAUCAAUACUCCUGAGCUUCUCGGCGUAGCUCUUCAAUGUGUAAUAAAUCAGCGCCUUAUUUUUGUACUGCUCAUCACGAGCAACCAAACGUGCUUUCGGAAGUGCCUCAUGGAGGGCGAGCUCGAGUGUCUCUGCCGUCGUUCUGUUCCAUGCAACUUUCAUGGUGCGCGUGCCUCUGUUCCAUACUUGGUGUGCAGCCAGGGGCGGGAUAAGAAUAAAGUCUCCUGCCUUUUGUUCCACCACAUGUACAUCAAAGUUAGCUCUCUUCCAAGCAUUAAUUUGCGCGAAAUGCUUCUCGAUCUCAAUGUCGUGGCCAAGCAUGGAAAGAAAGUACUCGCGAACAACCUCACGAUCAUUGCUUUCGGUCAUGAACCAAAUAGAGCUGCCUGCUUUUUCACCAUUUGCAUCCGUAGAAGCCUCGACCAUAAUAUUCUGUCCCAAGGAUGCGCACAUUUCCCUAUGCGUGGGUGUGUACGUCCCUUCAUGCCCUAUGUAGCACAUGAGGUUCUGAGCGCGCAUCUCCUCUGGCAGACUGGACAUGAGAUCUCCAGCAAUAGCAGGAACACUAUCUUCGGAGCCCGGCUCAUGGGUCGUGUUGUUAUCGUUGAGAUAAAACAGCGAUGGCCGGAUAAUCUUUUGCAGGUGAUCAUGCCACUCCUUCGGGCAGUCGAUGUCUUUGAGAUAGAGUCGCUGCCUUCGCUCAUCACGAAAGUUCUUUGUGGUCCAUUGAUUCGUCAGCCGUUUCAUCGACCUCAGAUAGUGGCCCAUGGUCAUUGCUAUAUCCGCUCCAGCUACUAUAUCACGUACAUUCUCCUGUUUUUUGUCGUACGUCUGUUCCAGCCAGGUAGCGCUGAACAGAUCCUUGGGUAGCUUCGCGUCCCAUCCUUCAAUAAUAAGGGGCUUUCCGCCCUGUAUGACGUGUAUUAAUACGAGUUUUUCAAAUUUUGAUGCUCCGAAAUUCUGAAUUUGCUCCCAUGACACGCGCUGCGCCCACUUGAAUCUCGCGGUGCUAUCAACUAGACUCUCAAGAUCAAGGUCAGGCGGAAUUGGGUCAAACUUCGCCUGGGGAUGCGCUGCGGCAGGCAUGCUGAGGACUUUCGGAGAAGAAUACUCCUUCCCAUAUAUUUUCCGGAAAAUAUUUGGUAUUACAUG